GCUGGCUGCAAAUAAGGGCCUCUGAGAUAUAAUUUUCUCAAUUGCAAUGGCUUCCCAAGAUCAAGAAAUAAAUGAUGAUGAUAAUAAACUGGGUGAGUGGCUGAGUCUAGGCCCCAAACCCGAUGAGCCAGAAGCUGGGAAAAACAAGGUCUUCUCAUGCAAUUUCUGCUUGAGAAAGUUCUUCAGCUCACGAGCUUUGGGAGGUCACCAGAAUGCGCACAAGAGAGAAAGAUCAGGAGCAGCCAGAAGCUACUUCUUCCGCUCUCAGAUGGCUCCUAUGGUCUUGCCUUUCAGUUCUCCGGCCACGGCGAGGUCUCUGCGGGUUCAGCCUCACUCGCUUGUGCACAAGCCAAGCAGACAAGGGGCGGCUUCUCCCAUGGCUGCAAGAUUUGGUAAUGGCGAAAUGGGGGUGGCAAGGCCACCCUUCUUCGUUGAAGAAGCACUGAAUUUGUCACCAUGGCCGGGAAGUUUUUGCUUGGAGAAACUUCCCAACCAACCAUCAUCUGAUCAGCAAAAUCUUGACUUGAGUCUGCGGCUGUGAUACAUAUAUGUAAUUGUUGAGCAUAUGUCUGAAAUUGCUGAAAUGUAGUGUUCUAUCUGCUAAA